UUGAGACUCUUGAGUGUGACGUCUAUUUGAAAAGAAAAUGUCAAUUUUUAAUUGUGAUCCGGAUUCCGGUUUCGUUAGUUGCUGUGUACUGUGUGAACUGAGGAUGACUGUUCGUUGUUAAAUACGUAUUUUGUGUUGUGGCUUUCGUAGCGAAGAAUUAAUUAGUGAUUUUCGUUGCCUGUAAUAUUAUGAAAUGCCAUUCCAGCACUUAGAUUACGUGGAAGUUAUCACUAAUUACAAAAAGAUUAUGCGAUUUUUGUGGUAGUGGCGCCUAUCUCCAAUUGUCGCGACACCAGAGUAUCGCUAUGCCGCGAAAAGGGAGGUUAUGCAAACAGAUAAAACGCAGUGUAAGUACUCGAUUAUUAGCGGGGAUUGCGAUUAGUUAUUAACUUAUUUACCGUCAUGGUUUACGCUAAUUAGAUUUCGGAUUGUUUUCGUUCCGACAUAUUGAGAUUAUCGGUUGUGUAGCGAUUCUCCGAGGUGGAAUUAUGGAUGAUUACAGUCCAUUGGACAACGAUGAGCUGAGUGAAUACGAUAUUUACGGGAAGACUCCCCCGCGGACGAAGAUAUUGAGGAAGAACCGCGAAAGGAAGCAGCGGGACAAGCAGACAGGACCAGCCAUGUCGUCCCCGAAAAUAGUGCGGACGAAAACCCCGCUAAGCAGAAGGAAUACGGUUAGCGCGAUGUACGACGAGCUCAUCGCAAGGGCCGAGAACGGCGAGGAUCAAGGUACCAAGAGGACGAACAAGCGCCAGAUGAAGCUCCUGCGCGGCUCCGAGCGCGACCUGAAGUUGGACAUCGCCAGCGCCCAGGCCGUCACGGCGGCGGAGAAGGCGCCCGACCAGCCCCAGGAGUUCGAGUAUCCCCGCACUCCCGGAUACCAGAUCGAGAGCUGCAACCGCUUCAUGAGCCUCUCCUGCCGGACUGUGGCGUGCAGCAGGCAGGCGGGGGGGCACCUGAAAUCCUCGGAUGUCCUAGGCGAAGAAAGCGGGGCGUCCAGCGCCGGAGACGAGUGUCCGGCGUCGAGGGUGGAGUUCUAUCACACGCUGAAGGCUCUGAUAAGGAUGGGGUGCGGGGAUAAGCAGGUGCAGGAUCGGAAUCCCCGGAGGGCGAGAGACAGCGUGAUCGCUGCCGCUCUGUCUAGGAUAACGUUACAAGCAAAAUCAAAGAAAAAGAAUAAAAAUACUACUUAG